GCAAAGCAAGUGAUUUAAUUAUAUUUAAUUAUAUGCCGCUUGUGAACAUUGCAGUGCUUUGCUGCACCGGCGCUACUGCAGCAGACAGACGCAGCAGGUGCGCUAGAUUGAACUAGUGAAAAGGACAAGUUUGGAUGCAAAAAAAUAAGUGUUGGGAGGCAGAUCAGUCGGAGCCUUACUUGUUAUUCAUGGUGAAACGUGUGGGUCCUACGAACUCAAGCCCCAGACCGCCUCACACAGCCACAAAAGGGAGCCGUCCAUCCCUGCUGACGGUGCAGUAUAUUCGUCUACCAGACUGUCUUGUUUUAGUUAAGCAGAUAACAUUGAUUGCUAUACGCUUUGAACCUGGUUCAACUAAGCCGAAGCAGAGACGUUUAUGUUCUAAAGAAGAUUUUUUUUUUUAUACAUAUUUAGAAGGACCAAGUCAUUUUUUGCAAGGCAGCAGCACAUCCCUCCUAGGAAAACAACGUAAGGAUUUAUCCUAAGGGACGUCAUAAAAAGGAUCUGUGACAUUGCCAUUUAAAAAUCUUUCUCGGCGGCCUUCCGCCGUUACUCUGUAAUUAAGAAUUUAACGCAGGGGCUACGCUGGGUAUUAAAUUUGGAAAAAGGGAGAAGGUGGAGCAUUUCCCGUCGUACGUGUUGACGCAGUGGGGUUUCUACGUCUGGUCGGCGUUUCCCCCCGCCCCUCCCGCGGUGACGGCGAUGGGUAGGAAGCGGUGUGUUGGUGCAGAUUGCUCCAAGAUGGCGGCCGGGUGCUGCGGGGUGAAGAAGCAGAAGCUGUCCGGGUCCCCAGGUUCGGGGGGUCUCUGCGGGGCGGGGAGUGGUGGAGCUGGGACGGGACACUGCGGCUCUGACCUGGGGAUAGGCUCCUCGUCGGCAGUGGCGGUGGGGAGCGUAAAUCGGGUGAAUGGCCUGGGGGGUCCGGGUUGUAGCGUUAGCGGCAACAGCAACGGGCUCUCCCCAACUCCUGGAGGCUUCAGCACCACUGGUCUCUCCCCGAACCUCAGCCCCGGACCCGGCUCUGGCAGCGGGGGCAGGAAGAUGGUUGUUUCGGUGGAAAUGUGCUGCUUCUGUUUUGACGUUCUCUAUUGCCAUCUAUACGGAUACCAGGCUCCUCGGACACCGAGGUUUACCAACGACCCAUACCCGCUGUUUGUCACGUGGAAGAUUGGUCGUGAUAAGCGAUUGAGGGGUUGUAUAGGUACUUUUUCUGCCAUGAACCUGCACUCUGGACUCAGGGAGUACACACUUACCAGUGCCCUUAAAGACAGCCGCUUUCCCCCCAUGACGAGGGAAGAGUUGCCACGGCUUUUCUGCUCAGUGUCUCUGCUCACCAACUUUGAAGAUGUUGGUGAUUACCUAGACUGGGAGGUGGGUGUACAUGGCAUUAGGAUAGAAUUUUUCAAUGAGAAAGGAUCAAAGCGCACUGCCACCUACCUGCCAGAGGUUGCAAAGGAGCAAGGCUGGGACCACAUUCAGACCAUAGAUUCCUUAUUGCGAAAAGGCGGUUACAAAGCUCCCAUCACAAAUGACUUCAGGAAGACCAUUAAAUUGACCAGGUAUCGUAGUGAAAAGGUGACUAUGAACUACACGGAUUACAUCAGCCUUCGUCAGCAGCACCAUCACUACCAGAACGGCAUUGGGCACCCUCUCCCCCCAUACAACCAUUAUUCCUGACAGCGAGCCACAUGACCAGUCACUGGACCUCUUCCCAGGAGAGCCCACCCCUUCCUGGUCUAGCUAUCUCUACUAUUGUACCAUUUUAUGAUGAUAGUUUCCGUUGCCAUGGCGUUGGUCGCACGACCUCGGCAUGGCAACGGGUGGCAACUCCAUCAUAUCAAAUUAUGAUAAACACCCAUUUUUCCUUUUUAUUUUGUGUUAUAAGUUGCUGAGUUUUUGCAGCAUAUAUAUCCCUCUCUUUUUCUUUAAACAUUUGCAAAUUUCUUUAAUAUCAUAAUCCUAAUCAGGUUAUUAUUGUGUCUGUGGAUGGAAGGAAGACUUGAGUUGAUAAUGGGUUACUUUUAGUUUGUGUGUUUAGGCUUUGUAGUACGUGUUAAUUAGGGGUUAUUUUAUUUUUGACUUGACAGAAUCUUGCCCCGAUCUGACCUCAUUAUGUACAAUGUAAUUAGCAGGGCCAUGUCCAUUUACUUUUGCAUGCGUUUGCAGUAUAGAGUAGUUAAUUUUUUCAUCCAGCAAUGUAAUGACGAGUGUGCUGUUUGUGAGAUGUUGGUUUUUUGUUGUCUGCGUAUUUUAGCUUGUGUGCUGCAGGUGGGAACAGUCUGGGAAAACCAGCUUGGGGUAAGCUAGUUCUAGGGUCUACAAUCAUGAUUGCUGAUAUAAUAUUGUGAAACAGUUGCAAAUCUGAACAAAUCGGAACAGACAAUUACCAGGUAAAUUAGAUUGCUGAUUUUUUUUUUUUUUUCAUUUUAUCCAAAAUUAUUUCCCCCCAGGCAUUAAUUACACUCUGUGCUUGUUGAAAACUUUUAACUUAAACAAAUUAGCCAGUACAAUAUAAGUGUAAUUAGAUUUUUAUAUCAAAAUGUGUAUUGCCCAGUUUGUCACAUGAAUCGAAAUUGUACCAAUUUGUUGUCCACGGGUUAUUUGUUACAAAAUCUGUUUUGGAAUGAAUAUCUGCUCUCGGUACAUUUAUUAAGAUAACCUUUUUUUUUUUUUGGUGGACUGAAAGUAGGAGAUAGCUCAUACUACAUUUAGGAGACUGAUAGUAAGGCUAAUCUCUAAAGACAGGUGAGAUGAAUUGCAUCUGAAUUGAGAGGCAGGAGUAGCCAUUAGAAUCUGGUGCCCCGUUGACUUUGAUUUAUUUCUUAAUUCUUUUAACAGAUCAUGUAAUAGCUGCAUAACCUGGUAGAUAUUUUAUGGUGGUGAAAACCAGUUAAUUGAAGGCUGAAAAAAAACUAAAAUCUAAAAAUUAUAUAUGCCAAGAGCAAAUGUACUAAAAGCCGUACUUAUAAUGCAUGCAUCUGUAUCUGUCUGUUUUAUAUUUAAGGAAGAUGGUAGUUGUAAUGUUUUGGAGCCGGGAUGCUGCAGCUGUGUUGCACUCUAGUGCCAUACGUACUAUAAUGCUGCAGAUGUCUCAGGAAUUUCAAGGCUUUUAACUUGGGAUUUCAGGAUUCCAGCAACAGUUCCGGACCACUGUUAAGAAAUAUGGACCCUGUAAUCAUCAAAUUUCGUAAGGGUUUCUUAUAAAAACUAAAAUACACUGUUAAUUUGGCACUUAUUCGCAUUGGUGUUACCAGUCUCAACUGUAUUCCAUUUCCACACUACAGAAAUCUGAUAUUCCUCAGAGAAAUACAUUGGUUUUUAAAAGUGUGUUGUCGUCUAGUAACAGUGCCAGUGAGAAAAUAUGGUUGUGAACCAGUGUGUAUUGGGUGGUGUUAGCAUGCUGCAGGUUUUUAGAUGUGGUUUGUCAUGUUUCUAAAGGGGAGUCAUUUUUGCUGCUUGGGCAUGUAAGCAAAAUAUAAUCACUCCAGAAAAAUGAAGUGCUUGUAACAGUCAGCAACGUUCGGAAAUAGGCUAGUCUGUGAAAUCAAAGAGACACGAUGUAGUUUGUGAAGAAGUUAGAUGAGUAAGCCAUGUUAAAGCCACUCUGCCACACUUUGAAUUGUAAGCCCUUGCUGUCCGUGCUGGAUGUCACGCUGCAUAGGGUGGAGUCCGUGCACAUUUUAGAUCUCACUGCAGGCUCGAAUUUCAAAGCCCAAGUUUAGUAAAACCACUAUUGGCUAUAUCUAUUUAUUGGUAAUUUUUCUUCAGUUGAUCAAAUCUAUAUGAGAUCAAUGUCACUGGUAAAAUGAGUGGACAUAAGAAUUGUCCAUGUGAUUGGUGAGAGAAGAGAGCAAUGACCAGGGAUCUGGUACAGAUUUGACCUUGCUUAUUUGAGUGUGUUUUAUAGUUAAUCAAGUUAAGAUGACUUGCUCACCUCUAGCUACUGUAAGGAAGCAACUUUAACUGUUAAGGGCUUUUGGUAUUCCAUCCACAGCAAUCUAAUAGUCCAAAAAAAGCUUCAGUUGUGUUGCCUUAAUAUUAAUAAAUAAUAGUGGGACCAGAAAAAAAACAGUGGUUGGAUGCUCUCGCUAGUUUUGAAUUUGUAGAAAUGACAGUAACUCCAAGCAAUGCAAUCCAAGAAUCUGAGUAAUUGUAAACGCAGUGAGGAUGGAGCAUCCACACCUCCAUGUUGCUUCUGGUCCCUAUUGAAAAUAAGUACAAACUAAACAUUGUCUGCUGCAAAACCAAGUCUACUAGAUUCCUUAAAAAAAAAAAAAAAAAAAAAAAAUCUAUAAACAUUCAACCCAUUGUUUUUGCUUCGGCAUGCUCAUCCUACUGCUAGAGAUUAUUAAAUAAAUAAAUACAAUUUCUAUGGUGCUAAUGGACCUAGUGUUGGGGAGGGGGUCUCAUGACUGGUCAUGUGGACUCAAUCAUAUCAUACUAUAACCCUUGAUAUAUGCAGAUCUGUUUUACAGAUUUUUUUUUUUUUUUUUUUUUUUUUUUUUACCAGUGUAACAAUGAUAAACUAAUCCUGCAGGUUUGAAAGGACCAGGAUGAACAGUUAAUGCCCUCCAUUGCCUGGGGGGGGGGAGGCAGGUUUUAAUAGUCUAUAUUGUAGAUUGCGGCGAUGAGGAGCAAAUUUAAUUAUUGUACUUUUAACUGUGACAAGCGGUGACUAUGAAACGGAGAUCUUGCAGGUUUUGUCUAGGUGGGGUACCCUUGUCUAUCUGCUCUCAAAACAAGACCUGGAGCAUUCACUUCUAAGAUGCGCUAUUUUAUAUAUAUAUAAAGCAAAUUGCUGUACAGCACAUACUGUUUACAUACAUCUUGUUAUAGGAUACUCUGUUAGUGCGAUAUAUAAGUGUUUGCUAGGGAUUUCUUUUAUGUAUAAUUCAAGUACAAGUGUCAGUCUGGCCUGUUUCAGACAUUCUGCUGUGCACAUAAAGUGAAUCCAGAACACCCAAACAUUUGAUUUGAUUAAUCGAGGCAGUGAUUUCUAUAUUUGUUAUUAAAUUCACCAUGCACACUAUACUUCAUCAGUAUACCUGUAGUGUCGUUCUGUGCUGUGUAAAAUAAUUUCUUUUGCGUUUCAGACUUGGAAGCUCCCUGUUCAGCUUCUUCAGAACUGGCGAGGCUACUUUUACUAUUUAAAAAAAAAAAAAAUUGUUUUAAUAACAUUAAAUUAAGUUACUUAAAUUGGCUUUGAAAUGUGCAAUGCAUAACAUUUAGAGAAUGUAACCAGGUUCAUGUCUUGAGAUAAGAGACAAAGUAAGAUAUUUAAACUUCAUAAUGUCUGCGGGUGGCCGUCGUCUUAAACCUACAGGCUUGUGUACAACUGUGCUGUACGUCGGUCUCCAAUGACAUUGUUCUCUUUUAUUCCCUGCCACUUUCCUUCGCUAAUGCAAUGUCUAUAGAAAUGCAUAGGACUAGUAAUGAUUGACCAUAUUCAUUUUUUGUGGGCUGUAAUCAAAGCCACAAAGGUUUUGUUUUUGUUUCCUCCUUUUAAGUUUGUCUGGAGCAUGUAGGCUACAUUACCUUUGUGUGUUCAAUCAAACCAAAGAGGCCUCCAGCCAUGUCCAAAUGCUGCUCGGAAAGCCUGCCUUCCUGUCCUUGUAAAACACAUGCAGGAGAAGCACUUCACUUUUUUUUUUGUUUUUUUUUUUUUUUUUUUUUUAAUAUAGUACAAUUUCUAACAGUUUUUUUGCUAGGAAACUUAAUUCAAUCAAGUUUCAUUUCAAAGUCUGAAUGUCCUAUGAAAUGACAUCAGACAUUUUAAAAACUGGUAAUGGUUUUUUUUUUUGUUGUUUUUUUUUUUUUUUAAUAUAAGAAAACCCCAUAGUGUGCCUAUUAGAUUUAUGGGUUUCUUUAUGUGUUUGUUCUUACUUUUUUUCCUUCCUAAAGACCAGCAGUGAUACUUUAUAUAUGAAGAUAUGUUGAUACUUAUUUUGAUUGUCAUUUAAGAAAAAGCCUCUUAUUUUACCCUGGACCCAGUAGCUGCACUGGUAUACAAUCGCACUGAUAGAAUUAUACAAAAUAAUAAUACAAUGCUACAAUAAACUUGUUUGGAACUUUUUGUAAAAAACGAAAAAAAAAAUAUAUAACUGUUUUUGUAUCUCAAAGUAGUUUUUUUUUCAAAAUAUUUUGGAUGUUUUGUUUUUUUCAAAGUGUUUUUACAUGUUCCAAGAGAAUGAGUUUGACUCUGUUGCCAACAGAGAUGUGGUGAUAUUCUGGGCUAAGGGCUGCCUGGUGUAGUUUCUGGCCCUCACUUGUUUUACUUCAUAGAAACUUGAAAGUAGACCUGGAAGAAAGUGCCCUUCGAUUUGAACGAGAUCCUCCUUCCUUUUCCUUCCACAUUGAGUUGCUGUUAGUGUGAAAAACUCUCUAAGUGAGCAUUUAAUAUUAUAGUAAGGCUCCAAAAAAAAUUAAAAGGCAAAAAAUAAAUAACUAUAUCUAGGCAGGUUAUCGUGGGUCUUUGAGAAGGUUGUGGCAAUUUUAUAUUGUAGUGUUAAAACACUAGUGUUACCAUUUAAUCAUUUAUCCAAUAAAAACAUUCAAAAACUGA